AUGGAGCACCAGCAGCAUCUAUCGAGCGAUGGCACGCGCGUUCACACGGCACGCAAAAGAAGACAUUCAGAUACCUCUGCAAAACUCACAGAUAUCAAACAUGUCCAUACCCUCCAGAAGACUGUGCUGAACGUGUUAUUAGACCGUCUCGCAGAGGGAGGAGUAAACACAGACAGUAUCACUCCAGAGCUGGUUAAUCAUUGUCUUCCGACUAGCCUUGAUAAUAGCUCCUGGGAGACCCUCUUGUACACGCCUCUUAAGCUUUCGGACUGCAAGUUACAGGAUAUGCUCCGUUUGAAGGCUCCACGGGAGCUAGAUGACCAGAAUCUACAGCAAACAACAAUAUAUGUUCGUUGUUUUCAGAUUAAGGUUGACCAGCUGCAGGAGGUCAUUGCACAAUUUCAUGGGACCGGAAUACAGUAUGCAAAGAUAACAAUGUGGUUAGGUGGCAUCAUGGGUAUGCAGUCUGAUGAGACUGUCUAUAUUAGAUAUGUUGGAAGAACAACACGGACACAAGGUGCGAUUAAACGACACCGAGAGGAUUUAUUGACACGACGGACUGGCUUUUUUUCGAAAUUUCUCACAUGCUUAGAGAGAACUUUCCCAACAGUGAUAGACUCCGCUUCUAUUUAUGUAUUUCCAUAUAAGAAAAGUGGAGGCUUCCGAGAGAUUCAGCAGUUCAAUGAUAUCGCCGAACAGGCAGCUAUUGUAUUACUUGGCUUGCCCUAUCUGUUGAACCAAGUCUUAACCAAGACAGAAGACUGGAGCCUAAAGCUACAAGAAUCUCAUUGGCAACAAUUUGACGCCCUGAAUACCAGGACUAUCUCUAGACUGAACCCUUGUGAGUUCUAUCCCAUUGCGAAGGAACCGUUGAUUGCCUCCUGGGCAGAUGAUAUCCAGUGCUAUGCGAAGGAUCAUCAAGGUUCAGUUUCCUUCUUUAGGCAACGCUCCCACAGUUUUCCUGACGUUUUGAGGGAUAUGAUAUUCCGUCAGGCCAUGCCUUCAGCCUGGAACGGAAGAUUUGUUCUCCUUCUGACUGUGGGGGCUGGGAAUAGCCGUGAGGGCUAUAAGGAGCAGCAGCCCUUCUACACUGGUCCCAGUCAAUCGGCAAAUUUAUUGAGGAUAUCCCUCAACAGACUCUGGAACCGAGAGGAGUCUAAUAGACCUGAAAGAGAUUACCUUCGUGACUUGGUAGCAGCUGGUGUGUUCCCUUUUGUCGACCUGUGCCCUUGGUAUAAAGCAGAAGGUGAAGAUCUCUUAGCAGCAGCUCGCUUGUUAAAACAGUAUGUUAUGACAGUUAAACCCCUCAUCAUGCUGACGUUUUCUGCCAAACCAUCUGCUAUCAUAGCUUCCGGCUUCUCACUUAUUUCUAUUCACCGCUGGCCAUCUAAAUUCUGGGACAGAGUGGGGCAAUUGGAAUUGGUCUCUUGCGGGGAAUUUUAUGGCAUUCAGAUCCCGUGCUUUCAUCCAGGACAAGGUCGAUUUUCGCUAGACCCAAGCGUUUUCCUCAUUGUAUUAGACAUGACUUUGUGGGUCUUAUUAACAACUAUGACGGUCUUUCUUGAUUCUGUGGAGCAAUACGAAGGAAGAAGUCGGAAGGAAUGGUGCGAGCAUGUCAAGCAGAAAGUUGACGACACACUUCAAGACAAGAGAUUCUAUGAGCAAUUUAGUCGGUUGAAGGCUAAACUUCACGCUGAACGACCGAACGCUAGCCCGACGCAGCUGUCUACACACACAAGACCCAGGAUUGCUGUAGCAAUACGAAAGGAAUUAGACAGGGACAUUGUAAGUGGGUUUGCUGUUGGCGAGAGGCUGUCAGACAAACGAAGGCAGCAGGUCUAUAGGCUAUGGAAAAUAAAUAUACCUGAACUGCAUGUACACAUUGGUCGCGAAAACGCCAAUGAAUGGUUUCUAUGGGCAAAUUCUAUCUCCGAAGGCAAGUCGCUAUAUGUGGAUGCUCUUACACAGGCGGUAUGGAAUAGUCAAUCUGACGCAGUCCAACAUCGAAGCACCCCUACAGCAAUGAAACUCGACCAUUCUGCGGAUAAUAGCGACAAAUUUCAUAAGACCGAGAAACCUAGUGCUCUCUUGAAAGAGUUUUCCGAAGUUCUCGCUGCGAACAAACUAAAGUCAAAUUACUGGGUGUCGUCUGACAGCAUUGAGCGAGCGGUUACCACGCAACUCAUGAAAGAUACUAGAUUUUGGGAAUGGAUCCAUUCAACUAGGAUAUCUAGCAAGCUCCCUAAUGGCAGCUUUAUUCGCUUCAGAUCAACUUAUCGGAGUCGGUGGAAUGGAAGAGAGGUUUUUGUCUGGAAAAAUUCAUCCUUCGGGAUCUACUGGGAAUGCCCAUCUGGGCAAAAUUUCAGGUUCAUUAUGCGCGCCCCUCAGUCUAGCCAGGAUUCAUCCUAUACUCCUAGAAAAUACAUUUUCUUGUAUGUGGUUUCCAUGGCUCGAUUGUCAUUCACAGUCCCUAUUGACCUGAAGGCUAGCACGAAAGACGGUAUCGAUCUGCGCGAUGAAACCGGCAAGUCCUGUUUGGUUCAUCGGGGCGCAUUGAACUCCGAUGAUGUUGUCACUUUCCCAGCUAGACAUCUACCUAACUGCCAAGAAACAGCAGAGCUUGGGAGACAACUGGUUCGCCUAUGGGAGGCAGAGACUGAUCUAGAUUGGAAAGCUACAGCUGCGGCAUCUGAUUCACUACAAAACCAAGUCGAAGAUGAGGGUGGAAGUCAUAUCCCAAAAGGCUUUUUUGCCGGCAAGGGACUCCAGCUAGUAAGGCUCAACUGGAGCUCAGAAAAGCUUCAGCCGUAUAGAAAACCGCCCCAGCCAGCUGAUGAAACGUGGCUACUAUGGCUUUGCCUCCAGGAGAGCUGGCCCCUCGGGGGCAUUGUUUUCAUAGGCAUUCCUGAGAAAUGGCCGUCGCGAAAAGAUAAUAUCUGGACACAUCUUCAGGAGUAG